UUGGCUGCUGCUGCCGCUGUAGCUCAACUCGCACACCCACGCCGCCAAUGUUAAAGCGGCAGGCGUUGGGGCGAGCAACGCUCAGUUUGGCGAACGUCUCAGCUGGUCGGCAGGAGGAGCUGCUGCUGCUGCCGCUGCUGCUGCUGCUACUGCUGCCCGUGGCGGUGGUGUUGGUGACUGCCUGCGCUGGUUUGGUAGUAAGCCGCAGCACUUGUUGAUGUGCGUGGUUCUUCGUCGUGGCAUCGAAGACGACCUAGGAAGAAGAAGAGGAGGAGGAAGCGUGGCGUGGCGUGGUGGUCACAGAAGCACUUUUCGUUGUAUCGCGUGAACGACCAGCGGCGCGUUGCAGCAGCCGCACAGCAAGUUAAAGAGUCCGGGACAAGCUCCAUCCAGCAAGUGCGCGGAUUCUCGAUUUUCGCUGCUGGUGGCGGUGGCGUUGGGAGGCAGUCGCUCACGCCUGGCCGAGUAGUUUGUGCAUUGCAGCGACGAACCUCGUAGCGAACUCGCUGGGUUGGUGGCCUUGGUAGUUUUGUGCCACCGAAGGAUCGGUGGUGAGUGGCGAGCGGGAGGGUUUGAUUCUAGCCUCCAACUUUCGUCACGAGAUUCGUCGAGCGCGCGGGCUUGGAGAGGCGGGCGGGGGGGUGUUUGGACUGAGUUGGAGUAGCGAGGAAGGAGGUGGUGGUGGUGUUAGUGGGUGCCGAGGCUCCUCGUGUCCACCCUCGGUGUGAGUCGGGGCUGUGAAACGGCGCAGUGAAAGAUUGAGUCAUCAGCAGCGGCGGCUCUUUUGGUUUGGUGGAGUGUUUCGAAUUUUUUUAUUUUAGUUUCACCGCCACCACACAAAAAAAGCAAAGCUGCAGACACCAGAGAGAGAGAGAGAGACGGGAGAGUCUCACUUUUCUCGGCCAGUUCGAGUGGAAGCGACCACGAAAGCCAGUGCAACAACAACGACAACAACAACGACAACAACGAGUGAACGGCUCUGGACUCGUCCCCGGCAACGUCAAGGCUCAAUCCGAGGACUCGGGUCGGGAACGCUCGACUCGUGCUGGUCUGGAAUCAACGCGCGAUAAGCCGCCGAUUUAAAUCUUCUGGACUCGCCUGACCCCAAAGGUUCAGCUUGAAUCAUCACCAUCACCACCAUCACCAUCAUCACCAUCACCACCAUCAUCACCAUCACCAUCGUUCAUCCUCGCGCGUUCUUAUUCGAAAGCGCUCCGAUUGAACACCUCGCUCCGGCUUUUUUAAAUUUCUGAUCCGGGACGAUAAGAAGAUAAGACGUGGCUGGCGGAGACACCAUGAGACACAAGUCCCAGGGAGGAGGAGGAGGAGGAGGUCUGUAAGGUUUCCGGAGAGAGAAUCCUAAGAGGAGUCGAACGGAGGAGGAGUUCGCGACACCGCGAGACGGGAGAGAGAGCGCGAGAGCGGUGGCCACGUCUCGCCAUGGAUCUGCGCACCCAGCUGCUGAUCGCGCUCUGUCACGUGUGCUUCAUCGGCGCCAAGGAGCCAGAGAUGCCGCAGGCCGUGCUGGACGUCCUGUCGCGGGCUGAAAUCCACAGCAUCAGCGACCUGCCGUUCCUGUUGCCGUUUGACUCCGUAGAGUACUACUCGUCGGAGAGCAUCCUGCGACCGAGGAGCGUAUCGCACACACGGAGCAGGGACAGCCCAGAGGAGGCCCAGAUCGCGGCGUGCAAGCCGCGCAACGCGAGUGUGGAGAUCCCGCGAGCGCUGCUGGACACCUCCUCCGCCAACUUCAUGCUGUGGCCGGGCUGCGUGGAGCUCCCGCGCUGUUCGGGCUGCUGCAACACGGCGGCGCGGCGCUGCACGCCGUCGCGCAUCCACACGCGCCAGCUCAAGGUGGCCAAGAUCGAGUACACGCGCAAGAGGCUGCGCAUGAAGGAGGUGCUCGUGAAGAUGGAGGAGCACCUGGAGUGCCGCUGCGAGUGCGUGCCCGAGACGGCGUGCGGAGACCUGGAGGUCUACGACAGGGACGCGUGCAAGUGCGUGCCAGCGCGCCGCAAGAAGAGGAGGCGCCAGCUGUGUCAAGACCACAUGGGCCCCAAGGGUGAGUGUGUGGCACCGCGACAGGUGCCAAGCCAGCCGUGGCACGCAGCACACCGCUCGGACACAACCGCAGAACACUGCUGCGGACAGAGCCGCAAAAAGCAGAGCCACAGAACACCACUCGGACAGAGCCGGAGCACACUGCUGCGGACAAAGCCGGAGAAGGCAAAACCACAGAACAUCACGUGGAAAAAACCGCAGAACAUCACGUGGACAAAAGCACAGAACAUCACGUGGACAGAACCACAGAAGUCAGAACCACAGAACACCACACGGACAGAGGCGGAGAACAGCACACGGACAGAGGCGAAGAACAGCACACGGACAGAGGCGAAGAACAGCACACGGACAGAGGCGAAGAACAGCACACGGACAGAGGCGGAGAACAGCACACGGACAGAACCACAGAACUCCACACGGACAGAACCACAGAACACCACACGGACAGAACCACAGAACACCACACGGACAGAGGCGGAGAACAGCACACGGACAGAUCAACAGAACAGCACACGGAUAGAACCACAGAACACCACACGGACAGAACCACAGAACACCACACGGACAGAGCCACAGAACACCACACGGACAGAACCACAGAACAGCACACGGACAGAGCCACAGAACAGCACACGGACAGAACCACAAAACAGCACAGGGACAGAACCACAGAACAGCACACGGACAGAGCCACAGAACACCACACGGACAGAGCCACAGAACACCACACGGACAGAACCACAGAACAGCACACGGACAGAGCCACAGAACAGCACACGGACAGAACCACAGAACAGCACACGGACAGAACCACAGAACACCACACGGACAGAACCGCAGAACACCACACGGACAGAACCGCAGCACACGGCUGCGGACAGAGCAAAUGCCUUGGAGGAUUCCCCGUCGGGCAUGGCCCAUGAGCCGCUCUCAAAGCGCGCGGUGUGAACGUCUCUCGCGCCCCCUGCCGGGCCGUAGCGGAGUCGGCGUGGCGCGGAGAGAAAUUCGGUGUUUGAAGUUUUCGUUACCGCAAGGAUUCAUGCUCUUUGGUUUUUUCGGUAAAGUCGCGUAGGUAAAAAAUGAAAUGAAUGAAAACAACUCAAUUAAAUCGCAGUUGUUUAGUUGUUUUCAUUUGUUUUAUUUUUUUACCUACGUGACUUUACCGAAAAAAAACAAAGAGUAGAAAUUCGGUACCCAAGUGGUGGGUUGGCAAACGCGGAGCGGCGGAUAAGGGGCCAUCCCUUUAGUACGUACACAUGGAAGGGGGUUAACCCAGAUGCGUACGCUUGCGUAUGGGGGGUCUAUUGACAAUGUACGUACGCAUAGGAAACGGGGGGGGGGGGUGAAGCCUCGAUAAUAAUUUGUCUACAUUGUCCUUCAAAUGAGUUAGAUAGUCCGGCGGUGGACUAUCUGUUUGCUUAAACACGUUAAUAUUAUUAAUCCUUGAUCGUUUCUGCGUGGAUUAAAUAUCGGCCGUUCUAUAGAAUUCGGGGGAGGGGGGGGUGUACAAAGUUCGCGUGCGUACAGGGAGGGGGGAGGGAUCAAGUUGUUGACACAUUUGUGCGUACCUACUCAAUGGAUGGCCCCUAACCGCGCCAUGGGGUAUACACGGGGUCCUCCCGGGGUGAGGAACCUGUGGCUUUUCGGAGUCGCGAUGUGGCUCUGGAAGGACCGCCGCUUCGUGACGCGUUGUUCUCAUGAAUGGGCAACGGCGUCACGUGUUCACCGCGUGCAACGCGCGGCGUUGCAGAAAUGUGGAGUUGUUUUUUGUCGUUCGUUUACCCAAUUCGACCAAACAAAUGUCUCUUCUUGUUACGAUUGGUUGCGUGGCGAAUGUAAGCCGACGACGAUGAUGUUGUGAACCACUGGGUUAGGUGACGCUGGUGGUGGUGGUGGUGAUUGGCGAUGACCCAGAUGUACGCACGCCAGACACACACACACAGUGAGAGAGUGAGAUGGAGAGAACGAUGGAGGCCUUUCUGGAUAGGGAAAUUGUGGCAUUGAGAGGUAUUAAUUGAUUGAUUUGAUGUGCUCAGCAUGAUCAUUUAUUUACUUACUUAUUUAGAUAUGUACGUGUGCGUUGAACUUCUGCGCGUGUCUGUGUGUGUGUCUGCGGUAGUGUAGCGGUUAGCACGCUGCGCUAUGAACCCGGCGACCCGAGUUCGAUUCCCGCUCACGGCCAACACCAGUGACGAUUAUCUGAACCGGUCCCGGGCCUCCCCUAGGUCGACUCAGCCUCAAAUGAGUACCUGGUGCGGUGUGUAAACAUUGCCACUAGGGAGAUAAAGGCGGUCGGGCGUGGUGCUGGCCACCCACCCCCCUCGUGUACCGUUCCGGACUUCAUAGGUGCUCGCUAACAGCACUUGCCCCUACAGUCUGUUAAGGCUAUACGGGGGAUCUUUAUCUUUGUGUGUGUCUGCGUGUGUCUCGGUCUCCCUGCAGGUGUCAGGAGGAGAUGAGGCCCGUGGCGACCGGCGUGGCCACCGCUACAGAGACCCCCACCCCCCUCCCCGCCUCCUGCCCAGUUAAUUGUAUUAUUGCAAUAUAUAUGAAUAAUAUGUUUCACACUUUGAAUUGUAUUGCUACUAUUAAUAUGAAUGAUGACGAUGAAGACGACGAUGAAGACGACGAUGAUGCCGUCACUGGCGAUGGUAUUGCUUUGGAACACGACGAUGUGCGACGCUGAAGCGAUUUUAACGGGCGGCGCGGUUUUUGUCGAGUGAUGCGGCGAGUCAGCCUGGAGAGAGGUGUGGGAUUGAGUGGGAUUGUGAUUGAGUGGGAUUGAGUGGGAUUGAAUAGGAUUGUGAUGGUGUGGAAUUGAGUGGGAUUGCGUAGGAUUGUGAUGGUGUGUGGGAUUGAGUGUGAUGGGGAAGUACGGUGUGACAUCGCGUGAUAUGGUGCUGAAAUGUCGUGAAAUGGGACCUCGGCGCAUCUCAACUCCAUCAGUCUGGGGUCUCAUCUUUCACGCACCCACGAACGGGGACGGGCCUUUGACGGCAAAUGAGCAGAACACUCACGGAUAAUGACGUAAAACAAAUUUUGACCACAUUUUUAAAUUAUUAUAUUACGUUUCGUGUUGUUGGAGUGUUCGAAAUGUUCACGUGCAUGCGUGUGUAUGUGUCAUCACCUAGGUCGACUCAGCUUUAACUGGUGCGGUGUGUGUAAGCAUCAGCACUGGGGAGACAAAGGUGGUCGGGCGUGGUGCUGGCCACCCACCCCUUCAUAGGUACGCCGUUUCAGCCUUCAUAGGCGCUCGCUCACAGUACUUGCCCUUAACGGCCCUUUGUUUAAAGGCUAAAAUGAGGAUCUUUGUCUUUGUCAAGGUGAUGACUUAUAAAGAUCCCCCAUAUAUCCUUCACAUGCUGUCGGGGCAAGUGCUUUUAGCGAGUAGCACCUACGAAGGCCGGCACACGAGGUUGUGGGUGGCCAGCACCACGCCCGACCGCCUUUGUCUCCUCCCCAUCGGCGAUGU